AUGUCGUCCUGGCUUGGGGGCCUCGGCUCCGGCUUGGGCCAGUCGCUGGGUCAAGUCGGAGGCAGCCUGGCUUCCCUCACUGACCAGAUUUCAAACUUUACAAAGGAUAUGCUGAUGGAGGGCACGGAGGAAGUAGAAGCAGAAUUACCUAAUUCUAGAAGAAAGGAAAUUGAAGCCAUUCAUACAAUCUUAAGAUCAGAGAAUGAGAGACUCAAAAAACUUUGUACUGAUUUAGAAGAGAAGCAUGAAGCAUCAGAGCUUCAAAUAAAGCAGCAAUCUACAAGUUAUCGAAAUCAACUACAACAGAAGGAGGUAGAAAUCAGCCAUCUUAAAGCAAGACAGAUGGCCCUGCAGGAUCAGCUGCUGAAGCUGCAGGCGGCUGCUCAGGCCACACCGUCAGGAGCUGGCGGUGUACCGGCAGCCCCUGUGCCCUCGCCAUUCGGCUACCGUGUCAGUCACCAUGCUUCAGCUUUCCACGACGAUGACAUGGACUUCGGUGACAUAAUUUCAUCACAACAAGAAAUAAACAGGUUGUCAAACGAAGUUUCAAGACUUGAGUCUGAAGUUGGUCAUUGGAGGCAUAUUGCUCAGACUUCUAAAGCACAAGGAUCAAAUAGCUCUGAUCAAAGCGAAAUCUGCAAACUACAAAGUAUCAUUAAGGAACUCAAACAGACUCGAAGUCAGGAAAUCGAUGACCAUCAACAUGAAAUGUCCGUUUUACAGAAUGCACAUCAACAGAAAUUGACGGAAAUAAGUCGUCGGCAUCGAGAAGAAUUAAGUGACUAUGAAGAACGAAUUGAAGAACUAGAAAACCUGUUACAACAAGGUGGCUCAGGAAUCGUAGUAACUGAUCACUCGAAAAUCCAUGAGAUGCAAAAAACCAUACAGGAUCUACAAAAUGAAAAAGUAGCGUGUGUAAAACAAAUUGAAGAACUUGAGGAUAAAAUAAAAGACAUAAAUAAAAAAUUAUCUUCUGCAGAAAAUGACAGAGAUAUUUUGAGGAAGGAACAAGAACGCUUAAAUGUUGAAAACAGACAAAUAACAGAAGAAUGUGAAAGCUUGAAAUUGGAAUGUAGUAAAUUACAGCCAGAUGCUGUGAAGCAGAGUGAUCCUGUGACAGAAAAAGAACGAAUCCUUCCCCAGAGUACGUUGGUGGAAGAGGAGGUCCUCAGACUGCAGCAAGCACUGUCUGAUGCUGAAAAUGAAAUUAUGAGACUGAAUAAUUUAAACCAGGAUAACAAUCUUGCUGAAGACAAUUUGAAACUUAAAAUGCAUGUUGAAACUUUAGAAAAACAGAAGUCCUUAUUGAGUCAAGAAAAGGAAGAGCUUCAGCUAUCACUUUUAAAAUUGAACGGUGAAUAUGAAGCAAUUAAAAGUACAGCUGCGAGAGACAUGGAUUUGAAUUCAACGUUACAUGACUUAAGAUUGACUUUAGAGGCAAAGGAACAGGAACUCAGUCAGAGUCUCACUGAGAAGGAAAUACUGGUAGCUGAGUUAGAGGAACUGGACAGACAGAACCAAGAAGCUACAAAGCACAUGAUUCUGAUGAAAGAUCAGCUAUCAAAACAACAAAAUGAGGGAGACAGCAUCAUUAGUAAACUGAGAGAAGAUCUAAAUGAUGAAAACAGGAGAGUCCAUCAACUUGAGGAUGAUAAAAUGAACAUGACUAAAGAGCUAGAUGUGCAGAAAGAAAAGUUAGUUCAAAGUGAACUCGUCCUGAAUGAUUUGCAUUUAGCCAAGCAGAAGCUUGAGGAGAAAGUAGAAGAUUUAGUAGAUCAGCUAAAUAAAUCACAAAAAAGUAAUUUAAACAUGCAGAAGGAGAACUUUGGACUUAAGGAACAUAUUAAAAAAAAUGAGGAAGAGCUUUCUAGAGUCAGGGAUGAAUUAACUCAGUCUCUAAAUCGAGACUCUGGCAGUGAUUUUAAGGAUGACUUACUUAAAGAAAGGGAAGCCGAAGUCAGAAACUUAAAGCAAAAUCUUUCAGAAAUAGAACAGCUCAAUGACAAUUUAAACAAAGUUGCUUUUGAUCUCAAAAUGGAAAAUGAAAAAUUGGUUUUAGCAUGUGAGGAUGUAAGACAUCAGUUGGAAGAAUCCAUUGCUGGUAGGAAUCAGAUUUCUCUGGAAAGAAAUGCUAUUGUGGAGGCUCUAAAAACGGAAAAAGGAGAGUUAGAAGCAGAAUUGAGUCAGGCAGAACUGAGGCUAUUAGAAGAAGCCGGUAAGUAUGAGCAGACGAUUAAAGAACUAUCGAAGGCACAUGACUUGAGUACCUCUGCUUUACGACUGGAACAGCAGCGUUUAACGAAACUCAGUCAAGAGAAAGACUUUGAAAUAGCAGAACUCAAAAAGAACAUUGAACAGGUGGAUACUCGUCGUAAAGAAACCAAGGAAAUUUUGUCCUCUAGUUUAGAAGAACAGAAGCACUUGACACAACUUAUAAGCGAGAAGGAAAUUUUUAUCGAAAAACUUAAAGAAAGAAGUUCAGAGCUUCAGGAGGAAUUAAAUAAAUAUACUGAGGCCUUAAGAAAAAACGAAAUUUUAAAACAAAGCAUGGAGGAGAAAGACAGAAGUCUUGGGUCCAUGAAAGAAGAAAACAAUCAUCUAAAAGAAGAACUGGAACGGCUCCGGGAACAGCAAAGUCGAACUGCGCCUGUGGUGGAGCCUAAAUCCCUUGAUAGUGUUACAGAGCUAGAAUCUGAGGUGUUGCAACUGAAUAUUAUAAAGGGGAAUCUCGAGGAGGAAAUAAAACAUCAUCAAAAGAUUAUUGAAGAUCAAAACCAGAGUAAAAUGCAGCUGCUUCAGUCUUUGGAGGAGCAGAAGAAGGAAAUGGAUGAGUUUAAGUGCCAGCAUGAGCAAAUGAAUGUCACACACACCCGACUCUUCUUAGAGAAAGAUGAGGAGAUUAAGAAUUUACAGAAAACAGUUGAACAAAUCAAAACCCAGUUGCAUGAAGAAAGACAGGGCGUUCAGACGGAGAAUUCUGAGAUCUUUCAAGAAACGAAAGUACGGAGCCUUAACAUAGAAAAUGGCAGUGAGAAACAUGAUUUAUCUAAAGCCGAAACUGAGAGAUUAGUAAAAGGAAUAAAAGAACGAGAAUUAGAGAUUAAACUUCUAAAUGAAAAGAAUAUAUCUUUAACGAAGCAGAUUGAUCAGCUGUCCAAAGAUGAGGUUGGCAAACUCACUCAGAUCAUCCAGCAGAAAGACUUGGAGAUACAAGCUCUUCACGCUAGAAUUUCUUCAGCUUCCUACACCCAGGAUGUUGUCUACCUUCAGCAGCAGCUGCAGGCCUACGCUAUGGAGAGAGAACAAGUAUUAGCUGUUUUGAAUGAGAAGACCAGGGAAAAUAGCCACCUGAAAACGGAAUACCACAAAAUGAUGGAUAUCGUUGCUGCCAAAGAGGCAGCUCUCGUGAAGCUGCAAGAUGAAAAUAAAAAAUUGUCCACCAGAUCUGAAGGUGGUGGCCAAGACAUGUUUAGAGAAACUGUUCAGAAUUUAUCACGCAUCAUUCGAGAAAAAGACAUUGAGAUAGAUGCGUUAAGUCAGAAAUGCCAGACCUUAUUGACGGUUUUACAAACGUCCAGCACGGGGAAUGAGGUUGGAAGUGUCAACAGCAAUCAGUUCGAGGAGCUUCUACAGGAACGCGACAAAUUGAAACAACAAGUAAAGAAGAUGGAAGAGUGGAAGCAGCAGGUGAUGACCACGGUCCAGAAUAUGCAGCACGAGUCCGCCCAGCUUCAGGAAGAACUCCACCAGCUUCAGGCACAAGUUUUGGUCGACAGCGAUAAUAAUUCUAAAUUACAAGUGGACUAUACUGGCUUGAUCCAAAGUUACGAGCAGAAUGAAACCAAACUCAAAAAUUUUGGGCAGGAGCUAGCACAAGUUCAGCACAGCAUAGGGCAGCUGUGCAGUACCAAAGAUCUUCUCUUAGGAAAACUUGAUAUCAUUUCGCCUCAGCUCUCGUCUGGAUCAUCGCCUCCUUCCCAGUCAGCAGAGUCUCGUGGAACAGCUAAGCCCGAUACAGCGAGGGAGUCUUCUAAACAGGAGCUGGAAGAGCUAAGAAAGUCACUGCAGGAAAAAGAUGCAACAAUUAAAACGCUCCAGGAAAAUAACCACAGAUUGUCUGAUUCGAUUGCUGCCACCUCAGAGCUAGAAAGAAAAGAACACGAACAGACAGAUUCAGAAAUUAAGCAGCUAAAGGAGAAACAAGAUGUCUUACAAAAGUCACUUAAGGAGAAAGACCUCUUAAUCAAAGCCAAAAGUGACCAGUUACUUUCUUUAAAUGAAAAUUUCACCAACAAAGUGAAUGAAAACGAACUUCUGAGACAGGCAGUAACCAACCUGAAGGAGCGGAUAUUGAUUUUAGAAAUGGACAUUUGUAAACUUAAAGAAGAAAAUGAAAAAAUAGUAGAAACAACCAGGGAAAAGGAAACGGAAUAUCAAGCAUUACAGGAGACUAAUACGAAGUUUUCCAUGAUGCUUCGAGAAAAAGAGUUUGAGUGCCAUUCAAUGAAGGAAAAGGCUCUCGCGUUUGAGCAGCUACUGAAAGAAAAAGAGCAGGGCAAGACUGGGGAGUUAAAUCAGCUUUUAAAUGCAGUUAAGUCAAUGCAGGAGAAGACAGUUAAGUUUCAACAGGAGAGAGAUCAGGUCAUGUUGGCCCUGAAACAGAAACAAAUGGAAAACAGUGCUUUACAGAAUGAGGUUCAACAUUUACGCGACAAAGAAUUACGCUUAAACCAGGAGCUAGAGAGAUUGCGUAACCAUCUUUUAGAAUCAGAGGAUUCUUACACCCGCGAAGCUUUGGCUGCAGAAGAUAGAGAGGCCAAACUGAGAAAGAAAGUCACAGUAUUGGAGGAAAAGCUAGUUUCAUCUUCUAAUGCAAUGGAAAAUGCAAGCCAUCAGGCCAAUUUGCAGGUAGAGUCGCUGCAGGAGCAGUUGAAUGUGGUCUCCAAACAAAGGGAUGAAACCGCACUGCAGCUUUCUGUCUCUCGGGAACAAGUAAAGCAGUAUGCUCUGUCACUCUCCAACCUCCAGAUGGUGCUAGAGCACUUCCAGCAAGAGGAAAAAGCUAUGUAUUCUGCUGAACUAGAAAAGCACAAACAGCUUGUUGCUGAAUGGAAGAAAAAGGCAGAAAAUCUGGAAGGAAAACUGAUGUCAUUACAGGAGCGUUUCGAUGAAGCAAAUGCUGCAUUGGAUUCAGCAUCAAGACUUACAGAACAGUUAGAUUUAAAGGAAGAACAAAUUGAAGAACUUAAAAAACAAAAUGAACUCCGACAAGAAAUGCUGGAUGAUGUACAAAAGAAAUUGAUGAACUUAGUAAACAGCACAGAAGGAAAAGUGGACAAAGUCCUAAUGAGAAACCUCUUCAUUGGACAUUUCCACACGCCGAAACAUCAGCGCCACGAGGUGCUACGAUUAAUGGGAAGCAUCCUGGGUAUCAAGAGGGAGGAAAUGGAGCAGUUGCUUCACGAAGAUCAGGGUGGUGUUACCAGGUGGAUGACUGGGUGGCUUGGAGGAGGAUCAAAAAGUGUCCCCAACACGCCUCUGAGACCAAAUCAACAGUCUGUGCUUAAUAGUUCUUUUUCAGAACUUUUUGUUAAAUUUCUAGAAACAGAAUCUCAUCCAUCUCUUCCACCACCAAAGCUUUCUGUUCAUGAUAUGAAACCUCUGGAUUCACCAGGAAGGAGAAAAGUAGUUACAAAUGUACCAGAAAGUUUUAAAGAUACCACAGAAUCCAGAACUGGUAGAAGAGCAGAUGUGAAUCCAUUCUUGGCUCCCCGCUCUGCGGCUGUGCCUCUCAUUAACCCAGCUGGACUUGGACCUGGUGGGCCUGGGCAUCUUCUUUUGAAACCCAUCUCAGAUGUGUUGCCCACAUUUACACCUUUGCCAGUGUCACCUGACAACAGCGCUGGAGUUGUGUUGAAAGACCUUUUAAAGCAAUAGAUGAUUCUCAAGCCAGAGACAACAUACGUAGCACUUUAAAAGAAACCAUGAACACUAUAUGUAUGUACUUUAUCACAAAGUGGCCUUUCAGAAGAAGUCAUGUAUUUGCAGUUGUACAUUCUCUAAACUUAAUAAAAAUAUUCUUUUUGCUUUAGAAAUUGCAGGUGUCACAGGAGGAAGUGUUUCCUAAAUUAUAUGCUUUUUUCCUUCUCUGAUUUGACCUAUUUUAAGCUAGAAACAUUUGAUCUUUAAUCUUAAUUUACAAAAAUUAAGAAAAGUAUAAAGAUAAAAAUUUCUAGUAGCUGUAUAUCAGCUCUUUAUUUCUAUGAUUUUCAAGCUCAUUUAAGCUAGAGACAUGUGGUUUAUCUUUUAAAGAUAAUCAAGAGAUUUACAAAAAGACUGAGAAAAUAAUAGUAGUGGCUUAUCUGUAUGGUGCAAACAAUUGAUCUGAAGCAUAUAUUGGUCAUCUUUUUUUUUCCCCCAUUAGUCCUGUUGAGAGGAAUUUGUGUAGACAGGCCAACAACAGGCUUGUCCCUGGGAGAUCACAGGUGUCCUGAGGUGGGAUGUGUGUGUGUGUUUGGUUCUAUGCAAUUUUAUCACACGUGUAGGUCAGUGUGAUCACCACUACAGCACAGUGCAGAUACCCAACGGUUUCGUCAAGCCUCUCUUGAGUUGUCUUUUGUUUUAUAAUUGUGGCCUCCUCCUUCCCAUCCCGUACUCGCCUAGCCUCUGGCAACCACUGACUGCUCUCCAGCUCUGUAAUUUGGUCAUUUCAAGAGUGCUGUGUAAAUCGACUUGUGGAGGAUGUAACCUUCUCGAUUGGCUUUUUUCACUCAACAUAAUUCCCUGGAGACCCAUCCAAGUUGUUAGGUGUAUCGGUAAUUUGUUCCUUUUUAAUGUUAAGUACAUACUGUGGAGAUAUGAUUUAGUUUUAAGAGCCAAGGUAUCUUUUUAUUUUAUUUUUUAUUUUUUUAAGAUUUUAUUUAUUUAUUCGAAAGAGAUAGAGACAGCCAGCGAGAGAGGGAACACAAGCAGGGGGAAUGGGAGAGGAAGAAGCAGGCUCAUAGCAGAAGAGCCUGAUGUGGGACUCGAUCCCACAACGCCGGGAUCACGCCCCGAGCCGAAGGCAGAUGCCCAACCGCUGUGCCACCCAGGCGCCCCCAAGGUAUCUUUUUAAAGGUAUCAUCUCAAAACUGUUUGCUUACACAGAUGCACACAGCUUCCGUGUAAGUGUUAAGUCAAAUAGCUGCAUUUACGUACCUACGAUUAGCAAUAUCACAGAACGGGACGCCUCCUGCCUCUGUCUGCCGUGUGGUAGAAGAGGAGCGCCGAUCCAGGAGGCCCCAGUUCUCAUCCUCUUGGUCACUGAGGGCAGGACGUCACCAGCACCAGCACCCGGUGUUUGGAACUGAAGAGGAAGGGAGUAGUUCUUUAAUUUUUUACAAACCCGUCCUAAUCUUGACCUGGAACUUAAUUAUAUCAGGAUGUUCAUGUUUGUAUUAGUCGUUGGAGUUGUACAUUUAAAGACAUUUCUUGCGAAUUUUGUAAAUUUCAGUAUGCCUUGAAAAUCUGUGUAAUAAGGAAAGGUAAAAGAUAACUAAUCCAAAUAUGUAAAUAGGCCUGCCCUGGCCAGGGUUCAAUUUGGUUGUUUGUAAAUUUUGCUGUGAUUAACUGUCUACUGUAUUUAGAUUGGAAGAUUAGAAGUCUUCAUGUGUGGAUGGGUAAAGCUUGUUUUUCUGAAAUGUUUAGUAGCCGAGAUGUCACUGCCUCAGGACAUCCCCCAUCUCGUGAGUUGAUGUAUUUAUAUUUCCGUUCUUAGUUUAGUCCACUGUACAGGAAGUUGUUGUACAGGUUCUAUAUUAGAACUGCCAAACCGCCUCUUGUCCAUUUUGCCCAUUAAUUACUUCUCUAUGAAAUUAUUACCCUUAGGUUUUGUACGAUCCUUCCAAAGAUGCUUUCACUGGCCAUCCUAGAUUAUGUGCUGCUUGCCAUUGACAUUUCAUUUCAGUGUGGAGCAUCUGAAAUAAAAGUUUCUCAGUUAAAAAAAAAAAAAAGACACAUGAUCCUUCAUUUUGGAGAAAGAGAACAUGCAAAAAAAAAAAAUUUCGUCUUUUAAUUUGAAAAGGAGAUGCAUGCUACGUAUUUAAGUAGCAUAUCAUCAUAUUUUAAAGACCUUUGAGGACAUUUUGGGCAUCCCCCCCAUGGUUUUAUGUAAGUUUGAAAGCUGUUAUGGGUGGAUUGCGUAUCUAAACAUCACAUCAUGACCGUCCAUGGCUGCUAUUUAAAUAAGUAUGUGACCUUGUCCUCAAGCUGUGGUACCUAAUGUUUCAGUUGUAUCAUGGUUGAAACUAUAGCUCACUGGUAUGCAUACUAAGUGUUUGUUGAUCUAAACCAGACGUAACUCAUCUACUUUUCUGAAACCAAGUUGUGUCAGAGAUGAGCCAUCUGCUCAAGGAAUCUUAGUAACCAUACAGUGAGGAAGCAUAUAAUUGUUAUGUUAGCAAUAGGACAUGGCGAACGGUAUUUUUACUGCAAUAUUUUAACUACAGUACUUUUACUGUUUACUUCUCUCUAAACUUACUAGAAUUUUUGGUUGAAUUUUGCUUUAGCUGCCAGUUUUUCACAACAUUCCUAAUGAUUUUCAACCGCUAUAAUAUAGUAGAAAAGCCAUCCAUCCAGCCAUUGAAUUUGAUUUUAAUAUAAUCCUGGGUCAUGGUUGGUUGAGUUUUAGUCCCUGCCAUUAUCGAUUUUUAAAAGAAAAAAAAAAGUAACAAAAACAUGGGGAAAAAGGAAUGACUUUCUUAAAACCAGACAAUUAAAAUAUUAACUAUCCUCUGCAAAUAAAGCCUCCCAUUUAUUGUAACCUUUUAAUGGUUAAUUGAAAAGCGGAAAAAGACUCAAAAUACUCAUCCGAUCACUAGAUGGGAAACAAACUUCGUCUUCAGGGAUAAGGGGAGUGAUAAGAAUUAGUGGGGGAGUGCCAUUAUGCGUCAGACUUAAAACAUUUGACUCUGAUUUUUCAAGCCAGUGGAGUUUUUCAUAUAUCAAAGUAUUUAAAACGUCUUCCAUCCACAAAAAUUUCCUUUAAUUUUGUAAAUAUCAAGUAAGUAUAACUGAUAUUUAUUUUAUAUAUUCCUAUGGAAAAAGUAAUGGUAUUUAAUGUUCUGACAUUUGUGAUUAUUUGCCAUUCUUUACUUUUUAACUUAUUAAGGUUUCUCUAAUUAAACUUGGUAAGUUGUCUUUUGGUUUUUAGGGAAAUAUCGAAAUGUGGGACAUUUACAACCCAACCUUAAUAUUGGGUUGUGUUUUAUAGAGCUAAAGUCAAUGCAUUUCUGAAUUUCUCAGGAGCACUGCAAGGCAAAAAAAAAUACUCCAAAUAAAAAUGAUAUAUGUAAGUUGGCAAUGUCUUUAUCCACAAUAAAAAAAUUUUUUUAGCAAACA